ACGCUCUUCUUCAUACUCAACCCUCCUUUCAUAUACACCAGUACCAGAUACCCUUUAGUCGUAGGACUUUUCUAAUUCAACAUGUUCGUCUUCAAGCGUGACGGACGUAAGGAACGCGUGCAGUUCGACAAGAUCACAGCUCGUGUGUCGAGGCUAUGUUAUGGCCUUGAUCCCGACCAUGUCGACCCCGCCGCCAUCACAAUGAAGGUCAUCUCUGGUGUCUACCAGGGUGUCAACACGACCCAACUGGAUGACUUGGCCGCCGAGACAGCAGCCUACAUGACCACCACACAUCCCGAUUACGCUAUCCUUGCAGCCCGUAUCGCCGUCUCAAAUCUUCACAAGCAGACAAAGAAGCAAUUCUCUGCAGUCGUGGCGGAUCUCUACAACUAUGUCAACCCAAAGAAUGGCAAGCACCAGCCUAUGAUCUCAGAUUCUGUGUACAAGGUUAUCCAGGAUCAUGCAGAGGAGCUCAACUCGGCUAUAGUAUACGACCGAGACUUCAACUACCAAUUCUUUGGCUUCAAGACGCUUGAGCGUUCAUACCUCCUCCGCAUAGAUGGCAAGGUUGCUGAGCGUCCACAGCACAUGCUCAUGCGUGUCGCUGUUGGCAUUCACGGCGAGGACAUUGAGAAGGCCAUUGAGACCUAUGACUACAUGUCACAAAAGUACUUCACACACGCCUCGCCGACGCUGUUCAACGCAGGCACUCCCUCGCCCCAGAUGUCUUCUUGCUUCCUCAUUGAUAUGAAGGAGGACAGCAUUGACGGUAUCUACGACACACUCAAGACUUGUGCUUUGAUCUCCAAGACCGCUGGCGGUAUUGGUCUUAACGUCCACCGAAUUCGUGCUACUGGCUCAUACAUUGGUGGCACCAACGGAACAUCAAACGGUCUCAUUCCUAUGCUCCGUGUGUACAACAACACUGCCCGCUACGUCGACCAGGGUGGCAACAAGCGUCCCGGUGCUUUUGCCAUUUACCUUGAGCCAUGGCACGCUGAUGUCUUUGGCUUCCUUGAUCUCCGUAAGAACCACGGCAAGGAGGAGGUUCGUGCACGUGAUCUGUUCUACGCUCUGUGGAUCCCCGAUCUGUUCAUGAAGCGUGUCCAGGAGAACGGCGAGUGGACUCUGAUGUGCCCCAACGAGUGCCCCGGCCUUGCUGAUGUCUACGGUGAUGAAUUUGAGGCUCUGUAUGAGAGCUACGAGAAGCAGAACAAGGGCCGCGAGACUGUCCGCGCCCAGAAGCUGUGGUAUGCCAUCCUUGAAGCCCAGACCGAAACCGGUAACCCCUUCAUGCUCUACAAGGAUGCUUGCAACCGUAAGAGCAACCAGAAGAACUUGGGUACUAUCCGUAGCUCCAACCUGUGCACGGAGAUUGUCGAGUACACUGCUCCCGAUGAGGUUGCUGUUUGCAACCUGGCUUCUCUUGCUCUGCCUUCCUUUGUUGACUACAAGCGUGGCGAGUUUGACUUCCAGAAGCUUCACGAGGUCACCCAGGUUGUCACCCGCAACUUGAACAAGAUCAUUGAAGUCAACCACUACCCCGUCGAGGAGGCACGCCGCAGCAACUUCCGUCACCGACCUAUCGGUAUGGGUGUGCAAGGUCUGGCCGAUGCUUUCCUCGCAUUGCGCCUGCCCUUUGAGUCGGCAGAGGCCAAGAAGCUCAACAUCCAGAUCUUCGAGACCAUCUAUCACGCUGCUCUCACUUCUUCCUGCGACAUUGCUAAGGAGCUUGGUCCAUAUGAGACAUACGAGGGAUCUCCCGUCUCUCAGGGAAUCCUCCAGUACGACAUGUGGAACGUCACCCCCACUGACCUUUGGGACUGGGCAGAGCUGAAGGCCAAGAUUGCUCAGCAUGGCGUACGCAACUCUUUGCUCAUCGCCCCCAUGCCAACUGCCUCUACCUCCCAGAUUCUCGGAAACAACGAGUGCUUCGAGCCGUACACCUCCAACAUCUACUCUCGCCGUGUGCUCGCGGGUGAGUUCCAGGUUGUUAACCCAUGGCUGCUCAAGGACCUCGUCGACAUGGGUCUGUGGUCCGAGAACAUGAAGAACCGCAUUAUUGCCGAGGGUGGUUCCAUCGCAAGGAUCCCCAACAUCCCCGAGGAGACCAAGACGCUCUACAAGACCGUUUGGGAAAUCUCGCAGCGAACCAUUAUUCAGAUGGCUGCUGACCGUGGUGCUUUCAUUGAUCAGUCGCAAUCACUGAACAUUCACAUGAAGGAACCAACCAUGGGCAAGAUCACCUCGAUGCACUUCGCUGGAUGGAAGCUUGGUCUCAAGACUGGCAUGUACUACCUCCGCACCAUGGCCGCCUCUGCUCCAAUUCAAUUCACUGUCGACCAAGAGGCUCUCAAGGUUGCAGACACCAACGUUGCCCGUGCUCUACCAAAGGUGCGAAAGCAACCAGGCUUCGUGCCGGAGGCAAUCCGUAGCUCUGGUGUUUCAUCACCAGCAGCCCCACGACCGAUGUAUGCCACCAAGUCUGAGGAAAGUACCAACGGCGAAAAUGGUGUUGCAAAGGCAGAUGUUGCCCCAGAGAGCAAGAAUGCCCUGGCCAGCAAGCCUUUCAAGGCCGAUGUCGAUGAGGGCGAUAGCCCGAAGAUGGUUGCUGCUGAUGCUGUCGGCAAGCAGGAUGAGGAGCUUUCAAGCAAGGCCAAGCAAGAAGAAGAUUCCAAAGACGAUAGCGCAGCCCGCGAUGGUGACAUUUAUGCCGAUGCUGUCCUUGCUUGCUCAAUAGAGAACCCUGAGGCCUGCGUUAUGUGCAGUGGUUAAGGGGUGGUUGUUUGGAUACUGGUCAUGGUUGGGGAUAGAUGUGCGUAGCACUCGGUUUGUAUUGCUCAUAUCAUGUUUUGUUUGAGGUUCGCUAUUUUUACGAUUGGAGAUGCUCGCCAUGUAGGCAUGGGAGGAAAUGAGUUUAUGAGUUAGGUCCAGUUAUGUUACCACUGCGCUCUAGUUAAAUGCAGUAAACAGACGAUUUUUUUUAUAUAAAAAUGAGUAUGCUUAUUUCAUCAGUUUUUGCAUGAAUUCUCUAUCCAACUUGCUGCCCCCUCUACCUCUUACAGCGCCUUCCUCAGCGCACUCUUAAACGGAAUAAUCUGCACCUCAUCCAAAUUCCACACCCCUUCUUCAACAUAGACAUCCUUCUUCACCCUC